AUGCCCUUCAGCUACAGGGAUCUCAUCUGUGGCGGCAAGACCUUCUGCUGCUGCCUCCCAGUGCGAUUCGGCGUUAUAUCCAUGUCUGUUCUGGGUAUACUAGUAGCUGGACUACUUUCGAUUGUCCUAUGGUUUGAAGUGUCCGUCACCCUGAACAUGACAACUGGGGAGCGUGCAGCUUUCAUUAUAGCAGCCCUGCUCGAAACAAUUCUAUUCGCCGCAUCGAUACUCGGAUUUGUCGGCGCUAUCGUCCGCAAGCAAUCCUUCUUGCAAAUCUACGCUUACAUCCUCUAUGGGCACUUCCUCGCCAACCUAGGUGCCGCAGCCUACCUCUUCUUUUCGAUCGUCUCCUUCCAGAAAAACGUCAACGAAGCAGCUUGCGAAAAUACCAUCCAAGAUCCUACUUCCAAAGACCAAUGUAAAGGCCUGCUUCGCAUAACCGCAACCGUCUAUAUCGUAAUCGCCAGCGUGGUCUUGUUCAUCGAACUCUACGGCGCCAUAAUCGCUACCCGUUAUCUCAACCUGGUCAAACGCGAGAAGCAGCUGAAUCGAGAGUUUAGAGAGAACAUGGACACAGCGUUCCUCCUCAAGACGCGCAGUUUCCCUUAUCAGCCCGUGCACAAUCCAGGACAGGGCGGAGGCCCGGAGUUCAAUCCAUACGCCGAGAUUGACGUUGAAGAAUCAUCUUUACACACUAGGGACCAUUCAGUUCUUACACGGCAACCUAGCGACAUCGAUCCAACCCGGCCACCGGUGCCCAUCGAGGAGGGAUAUGGAGGAGGAUCGUGGACGCUCUCCGAUAUCUCGCAGGAGGAGAAGGCGCGCUUGAAACGGCAGCAGGGUCCGUCUACGAGCAGUGGGGUGGAGGAUUUGACCGAGGAGGAGAAAACUCGGCGGAGGGAGGAACAUAAAUCCAUCCAUGGGCCAGUGGGCGUUCCACAGUAUGAAGUGGACACCCUCCCUGCGUACACAACCACCGCCGACGACCCUGCGGUUCAGUUUCCACAACCUGGUGCACCACCAGAUCCUUCUUUGUUGAGAUAG